AUGUUUGUCUUGCGGUUGGGCACAUUUUUACUAACUUUUAUUUCAAUUUUAAUCACUACAAAGGCAGAAGAGAUCUCCGAAAAUGCGGGAAAUGAGACAAUAACCCAUCCGUAUUACCGACGAUUUCCUUUCACAAUCGUCCCAAAAGAUUUGUGCUUGCCGACAGUGAAAACGCUAUUCGUCGUGCACACAACGAUCAUCAAUCAAGGCCGAAGAGCGCUAAUUCGAGAAACAUACGCGCAUUCGAGAUGGGAAAAUAAGUACAUCAGCUGGAUGCGCUACUUGCAAGAGAAUUGCAAAGAUGUUGAGCUCAUUGUGAAACUGGAUGAUGAUGUUGUUGGCAAUAUCUUCUGGCUUUUCGAUGAUAUAAAGCAAGGAAAGAUUAGUCGAAAUCGAACAUUCACUUGUCUUCAAGGAAUGAAAUUGGAUCUGAUCAGAGAUAAGAGUUCCCCGUGGUAUGUCUCAAAAGAAGCUCAUCCUUCAGAGCGAUGGGAAGACUGUUGCAUUGGACCCGCGCUUUUUCAAUCAAACGAUCUCUGCCAAGAACUCAUUCAACAAGCUGAGACUCAUCAAUACUACAAUUCAGUGGAUGACGGUUUCUUCACGGGCACUAUAGCAAAAGAAAUUCGAGCUAAUCACAACUUUAAACUUUAUGGAACCAAUUUUCUAGAAUUAGAGGAAAACCAAACGGAAGCUCAUCUACUCGAUAGGACUCAUUUGUUUGGUUUGUACAGUACAAGUGCUUCUGUUCGACGCAUAUUCACUGAGUUGAAAUACUUGUAUCGAGAAGAGGUCGAUCAAAUCGAUGAUUUCCCGAAGUCGAUCAAAGUUGGACCAAUUGGAGAAGAUGAAAUGAGA